GAAGGAUCUUGUUGAUGAACAUGACAUGAACUUGAAUUACUUGAAGUUGGCACUUGAUAUCGGAAAGAUGGCGAAGUUACCUUUUUUGUGUGAGAGAUUGAUUUUGUUUUUAUUAAUUUCCAAUGGAAUUUCUAGUGUAUUAUCAAAUUACGAUGCUGAUUUUUACGAGACCGAUUUCCCUUCUGACAUACCAGAAAAUGACCCUGUGAUAGAACUACUGAAUCAAAACAAUGCUGUCCAUACGCUUCAUAAAAGAAACAUAGUAAAUGGUACAGUUAUUCCGACAUCUAUAGUAACUCCAUCAGUGACAUCACAAAAACCAAUUGUAGCUGUAGUUUCACAAAAAACCAAUACAAUCCUCCCGACUAAUUUCACACUGACAAGUCUGAGAAAUAACCUAGCGAAAAAUCUUGGUGAAAAUGGCACAGGAAUUCGAAAAAACUACACAUCGAGUACGACGCCAGUGCCUUUGGUGCACAAAAUGAUCUCAAAUGUAAGCUUGACUACUACUGAGAAAGAUGACGAUGCAGAUUUCGGUAUUCCAAGGUUUCCUAGCGAUUUGGACACCGAAGAAGGAACGAAAAAAUUCAAUGAGUCGCUCACAAAACAUAACAUCACUAAUUCAAAAACGGAUCCAAACCUUUUUUACAACAGUUCCAUAUUGCACGAUAAAAGUGUUGGACAUUUCUACUGGGUGGACAUGAAAAAUCGAUCGGAUGUCAAAGUCAACGAGCUAUUGUCGCAGUCGCAUCGUAGAGCAGCUACCAUCAAACUCUCAUUCGACUUCCCCUUCUACGGCCACCUCAUCAAAAACGUGACGAUAGCCACGGGCGGCUUUCUAUACACAGGGGACUAUGUACACUCGUGGCUGGCGGCCACCCAGUACAUCGCCCCUCUCAUGGCCAACUUCGACACCAGCCUGUCCAACGACAGCUUCAUCAAGUACCUCGACAACGGUACCGCGUUCACCGUCCAAUGGGAGAACGUCGCCCUGCAAGACAUGCCCGCCGAUGGGAACUUCACUUUUCAAGUGACAUUGUUCAAGAGCGGCGACAUCGUGUUCGUUUAUCGGGAGGUGCCCUUGCAGGUUGAAAAGAUUCAAGAGUUACAUCAUCCCGUGAAGGUAGGCUUGUCGGAUGCUUAUAUCAUGGACCACACUGUUUUUCUUGUGAGAAGAAAAACAAUCUACGAAUAUGACAGAGUGCACUUCAACAAAACCUACAUCAAAGAUUGGACCACAAUUUAUUUGAGUGCAUUGCCUACCUGUUUGGACGCUCACGAUUGCGAAACGUGUCUCACAAGAGAACUAAAAUUCAAAUGCCAAUGGUGCCCGACCAUGGCCAAAUGCUCUGAGGGCUUCGACCGCCACCGGCAGACCUGGCUGGCGAACGGCUGCGAGCGGAAGAGCUUCCAGAACGCAUCGAUGUGCUCCAUUUCGACGGACGAAGACGUCUACUACCAUGGCGAGCCCUACCAGGAGGACCCCAACAUCGUCAACCACGACAUGAACGACGACAUCCCGGUGCCCAUGGCGGGCCAGGCGGACGGGAAACGGGACGUGGGCGUGUCGGGUAUAAUGGCCAUACUGUUUCUGGUGGCGAUGGUGUCGGGGUUGUCCGUGUGGGUUUUGUACGCGUACAGGAACCCGCACACCACCAGCGGACAGAUGUUGAUAAGGUACCGUCCGAGCCAGUGGAGGUGGAGGAGGGGGGAAGCGAGAUACACUGCAGCGACGAUUCACAUGUGAUGAUCCUUUUCGUAAAAUCAACAUAACCUGAAACCAUGCCGACGGGCAACUGAAGUGAUGCUUUUCUUAAACAUCGACUGCAAUAAAUCGACAAUACACAAUACACCAUUUGCAUAUUGUUUCCUGUAGUGAUGUAGGGGCUUACAUUCAUUGGAAAAUUUUUAAUUU